CAAUUCGACCGAUGAGGAGGGAGGGUUAACCGCCAGUCCUGUCCGAGCGGAUGCUGCUGCUCAAGACGGUCAGGAGCUGGCAACCACUGGGGUCCAAGAAGGACUAUCACAAUCCUUCAUUGAUCUCAAAAGCCUUCAAGAGGAGCAUGAGUCGCAAACUUUAAGCUCGAAUUGGCACAAUGCACACUAUAUUGACCCAGCCGUUCUUCGAACCGCUGGCCUUCUCCCUCCCACGACGACAUCACGCAAUGCAACAAACGUUCCACGAUUGCCUGCUGCAGCGCCCAACUCGACGCCGAUGUCCUUUUCCGUGCACAACAGUACCAGUCUGUCAGCAUCAGCCAAACUGUGGACGUCACAGCAGACCACAGUCGUACCAAAUCAAAAUGGAAGCGUCAUUCAGGUCAAGUACAAGCACGGAAAAGCGCUUCCAAGUCUGCCCAAGCAGUCAGAAUAUCCUCGCUUCCUUAUCAACUGCGUGGACACCGACAGAAACGUAGGCAGGGUUGAAGUCUCCGUCAAACUCCUCAAGGCGUUCUCUCGCACCCUGUCGGACGCCAACGGCAUCGAGAACCUUUGCGACUACGCUGCGGGUGUGGUGGGAACCAUCAGCAUCCCCCAGACAGAUGAGGACACAAUGCAAGUUGUUGUUGAUUACCUCAAGGGGGACUUUCUCCAGGUCAUGUUCGCCCCAGUUGACGUCCAGGUAACCGUCAACGAGAAAAAGCGCCUGCUCAACCUUGUGCAUAUUGCGCACGCCUUGGGCAUCGAGGUCCUCAUGAAGGCCGCCAUCCAUGCCUUGUGUGUCUCCGUCCUCCGCCGCCCUCGAGACUGGGCCAACAACGCUGACAACGGGCAUCUCCUCAAUGUCGCCACAUUCGUGUCUAACCCCGCGAGGCGCCUUCUCAGCACCGUCCGUCGCUACUCUAUCUUGCCAAGCGUGACUGGCUGGACCGCGUUGCGCUGCCACGAAAAGGACCGAGCCAAGUAUUGCGAGAUGGGACGGCGUACAUGCAAUCUGAGAGGAGACUUCGCACCGGUGGUCAAGUUGUGGCUGGAGUCAUUCGCGCAGGUAGAGAUCGAUUGAAAGAGAUGGGCUGGCGGUAAUGCAGGAAGGGAAUACGCAAUCUCGGCGGUGUCUAGCAAGCUACAUAGAUAUUACGGAAACGGUCGCGUCGCACUGUACGGUAGACACAGGAUAGCAAUAGCGUUGAAAUGCAUGUUGAUGAUGGAA